AUUACCAUUGCCCCAACCAGCGCUCAUUGAGAGAGGGAGCCAACGAGAGAGCGAGCAACAAGCAACUGCAGAGCGAGAAGAACUGUCCGUCGGGCUUCCAAGAUGGGUUCUGGUGAUGCAGAGAACGGCAAGAAGAUCUUUGUGCAGAAGUGCGCACAGUGCCACACCUACGAAGUGGGCGGUAAACACAAAGUGGGCCCAAAUCUUGGCGGGGUCGUGGGUCGCAAGUGUGGCACAGCAGCGGGAUACAAGUAUACCGAUGCCAAUAUAAAAAAGGGCGUUACCUGGACAGAGGGGAAUUUGGACGAGUACCUCAAGGACCCGAAGAAAUACAUUCCCGGAACAAAGAUGGUGUUCGCAGGUCUCAAAAAGGCUGAGGAGCGGGCCGAUUUGAUUGCCUUCCUCAAGUCAAACAAGUAGAAUUGCCUGCGAAACAACAAGAUCGGCACCAUGCUAUCCGGAAAACUGCGCUUAAAGACUACACCAAACAUAUUCAAAAGAUGCCGUAUUCACUUGGAUUUCUAAACUUUGAUUGGGAAUGGCCGAGAUGAAAUACAUUUCAAAAAGGUUUACUUUCACUUUAGCCAAUUAAAGUUGAUAAACCAAGAACCCUCUUUUUAAUUCA